GAGAGUCUAGAGAGAGAGAGUGUAGGGAGAGGGUCUAGGGAGAGCGAGCGAGCGAACGGGGAGGGCGCAGAUCUCCGCAUGGAUGCGGGGUACGAGUCGUCUUCGUGGCUCCGCCGCUUCUGGUUGUGCAGCUCGGUUGGGCGCUAGGAGGACAGAAACCUUACAACAACAACCACCACCUCCAACCACCUCGUUCUCAACCACCGCGACCAUCAUCACAACCUCUUCGAGCGCAAAGCGUGGACAUGCUGGACAUGGGCGACCAGCGCGCAGAGAGGAAGGCCGGGCCCAAGACGUCCUUCACCAUCGACAGCCUCCUUCCCGAGACGGUGCAACACUCGCUACCACCACCGCCCUUACUGCACCACCAAAACCACAACAACCACCACCACCACCAUCACCACCACCACCAGCAGCAGCAGCAGCAACAGCAGCAUCACCACCAGCACCAUAGGCCGCUGGGUAGCAGCGGCCGGCUGUCCGCCGUGGACAUCGCCGCACAGCAGCAGCAGCCGCCGUCAUUCCGGGUUAUCUCCGCGGCGCGCGAACCCAUCGUGAACGUCGACGAUGUCAGCAACAGCGGCAACAGCAGCGGCAGCAGCAGCCCCGGCAGCCCGGAGGGGAUGCGGCGAGUCGACUCGAAGCCGGCGGCGGGAGGCGGCGCCGCCGCCGCCGCCGCCGCGCACGCCGAGGAACCGAGGCCCCGUAGCACGGAGCGCAAAGGCUCCGUCGAGAAGGACAUCGGCGUGGGGGUCCCAACAGCGGCAGCAGCGGCAACAGCAGCGGCAACAGCAGCAGCGGCGGCAACAGCAGCGGCUGUCGGCAGCGGAGGAGGCGAGACGGGCAAAGACGGAGACAAGAAAAACGGCAAGUACGAGAAGCCUCCGUUCAGCUACAACGCGCUCAUCAUGAUGGCCAUCCGGCAGAGCCCCGAGAAGCGGCUCACGCUCAACGGCAUCUACGAGUUCAUCAUGACCAACUUCCCCUACUACCGCGAGAACAAGCAGGGCUGGCAGAACUCCAUCCGGCACAACCUGAGCCUCAACAAGUGCUUCGUGAAGGUGCCGCGCCACUACGACGACCCGGGCAAGGGCAACUACUGGAUGCUCGACCCAUCGAGCGACGACGUCUUCAUCGGUGGCACCACGGGCAAGCUGCGUCGGCGCUCCACCACGUCUCGGGGCAAGCUCGCCUUCAAGCGUGGCGCGCGCUUCGCGCCCGCUGCCUUCGCCUUCAUGGAGCGCGGUAGCUCCCUGUACUGGCCCGUGUCGCCCUUCCUCUCGCUCCACCACCACCACCAUCACGCGCAGCAGCAGCAGCAGCACCACCACCACGCGCAUCAGCCGCAGCAUCAUCACCACCACCACCACGCGCACCACCAGCAGCACCAUCACGCGCAGCAGCAUCACCAUCACAUCGUCGCGGCCGCCGGUGGCGGCGGAGGAGGAGGAGGGGGAGGAGGAGGAGGGGUGAGCUCCCUGGGCGGAGGCGGGGGAGGUGCGGGCGGCGGAGGAGGAGUAGGCGGAGGGUCGUCGGGCACGGCGGGUGGGUCCGGAGCGGGCAGCCUGACCGUGGAGAGGUUGGUGGGUGGCGACCUCCAGCCGUACGCGUCGCACCACCUCUCGGCCGCAGCGGCCCUGGCCGCCUCCGUCCCCUGCGCCGCAGCGGCCGCGGCGGCGGCCGCGGGGGGGCCCUACGGGGCCCUGGGCCCGUGCUCGGUCGGCCUCCUCGCCGCCGGGCAGGGCGGCUACUUUUUCCCGCACAUGGGGGCCGCGGCCGCGGCAGCGGCAGCCGCGGCCGCUGCCGCGGCAGCCUCCAGCCCCCACUCGGCCGGGUUGAUCCCCGGCUGCGAGGUGCUCAGAGGGCCGUUGUCUUCGUUUCACGCGGGACUGCCUGGCGGACUGGCGGGUUAUUUCGCGCAGCAUCAGACGGCACAUUCAGCCAACAGCCUCUUACACUGA